AUUGCCACUUAUUUCGAAACCGACAGAAUCAUUUGUGGACAUAUCUCCGCCGGGGUCUGAAAGACAGUAAAAAGCUUCGAUGGCUCGACUUGUGAUACUUCUAAUAGGCAGCCUCCUGGUGCUGAGAGCUACAGCCAGGGCCGUCGAUGAUGUCAACGAUGACGUUCUUGCUGAAGUAGAUGAUCAUGAUGCCAAGGAUGACGAUAUCGAUGGUACCCUAACAGACGACACUGCUGCUGACGACGACGAUGAUGAUGACCAUGACCAUGACUCAUUCUUGGUCGACGACGAUGACGACGACGACGACGAUGAUGGUGAUGAUGGCACCCUCUCAGAUGACUUUGAUGAUGACAUCGACGCCGAUGACGAUGAUUUCUUGGCCACAGACGACACCGAUGACGUCAGCGAAGACCUCGACUUCGAUGAUGAAGGAGCAGACGUCAGUGUAAACAAACGCAUUCUGCUGGGUCCCAAGACCGAUAUCAAGGAGUUCCCGUGGCUGGUUGGAAUCAAGAGGUUCGGGAGGGGAGGCAUCAUAUGUGGCGGGUCACUCAUAGCCAAGGAUGUGGUGCUCACGGCCUCCCAUUGUUUCUACGGGAAGGACCCGGCGACGGGAAAAUACGUCCUGAGGGAUAAGGCAAGUGGAUACCGUGUUGUGACGAAACAGUCCGACAUGGGCAGAAUACGCAGAGAUCACGUCUACAAGGUGGCUGCCGUCAGGGUACACAAAGAUUGGGACGUCACCCAAUCUACCAAGUCACCCAAUGAUAUCGCCAUCCUGAAGUUAACAUCGCCCGUAAAGUUGGACGCCGCUUCGCAACUUAUUGCUUUGCCCAAUGACCAGUCUGACUCUCCUCCUUCGGGAUCAGAGUGCCACGUGGCGGGAUGGGGUAGGACACAGAAAGGACGAGGAGCUAGGAACCUCUAUUCUGCGGUCUUGAAGACUGACCCUAUGUCUGAAUGUAUCAACUGGUUUGGCGGCGCUGAACUCAGGACCCAUCACGCUGAGAAAAGGCUGUGUGCUGGGGGAGAAUCGACCGAAAAUGUGUGUAAGGGCGAUUCCGGUGGUCCGUUUACCUGCAAGCGCGGAAUUGAGAACGUCCAGUACGGAGUGGUCUCAUUCGGCUCCAUGAGGCUGCUAGGCUGCUACAAGGGGGGCAACAAAGGCAAGGCACCCAGCGUCUACACGAGGGUUAGCUUUUACUUGGAUUGGAUCAAAAAGAACAGCAUGUAAGCAGCUCUGGGAAAAUAUGCACAUUCCCACUUCAAGUAAAGGAAUGUACGCACAUUCUAAUUCUACUGGGAUGAGUUUCACACAUUUCAAUUUCUACUGAAAGAUGAGAACCAUACUUUCCCGGCGGAUUUCCAACUGAACAUUUUCCAUUAAUGUGUGUCACACCUUAGAGUAACCAGCCUGGUUACUCUGUACCUUAAGGUCACAUAUUCAAACUUUUCCUUAAGGAGUGAGUGUCACAUAUUCGAACUUCUACUGAAGAAAUGAGUGUGGUCCAUUCCAACUUCUGCUGAAGGAACGAGUGUCACACAUUUCAACCUCUGAGGAAGGAAUGAGUGUGCCACACAUUCCAAAUCCUACUCAAGGAAUGAGGAGUGCCAGUAAGCUUACUUGCACAGUUACAUUGCUAGGAUCAACUCACUGAGGCCGGGGUUAUUGUAACAGCUGAUUGUUUGGUAAUAAAAUAGA